UCCAAGUGGUAAACCAAAGCAAGUAUUGCAAGGAUCCCAGGCUUGGUAGGAAGGAAAAUAGAAUUAGAACUGUGGUGGUGGUGCACUCACAUUUCUUGAUCUCACCUUCAUCUUCAUGCCCUAAAGAACCUGGGGGAUAUUUUGACUAUGAACCAGAUCAUUCUGUCUUUUUGUGCACUCCUUUCUGUGGAAAUUUCAUCCUCUCCUAAAUAUGUGCAUUCAGCUCCCAUCAGAGCUUAUGAAUAUCUCCAGAAGAUUGUCUCGAGUAGUCCGGUUCCAACGACCGACACAGCAGCACGACAAUCAUCUUCAUGGUCGCUUCUGGACUCUGUGGGCACUGCCCUCCAUUCUGCGUCUCACACUGGAGAUUCCACCCCUGCACUUCUCUCCGUUUCCGGGAACCCAGAGAUCGGAGUCACACAAUCUGGUACUACUGCCCUCCAUUCUGAGUCUCGGGUUGAAGACUCCACCCCCACAGUUUCGACGACUGCUGGGGUCGAAGAGACGGGAGAGAAGGAACGGGGUACUACUGCCCUCCAUUCUGAGUCUCAGGUUGAAGACUCCACUCCCACGGUUUCGGCUACUGCUGGGGUUGAAGAGACGGGAGAGAAGGAACGGGGUCUCGUCAGAGGUGAUGAAGAACUCCUGAAGGUCGACCAAAAUCGUCCAGUUCCAAAAUCUGACACAGAGGGGGAUUCAUCAGACUCUUGGUCACGUGUGGACUCUGUGGUCAGAAGCACCCCACACAAGACAGAACUUCCUCGGCUACAUGUGAUCGUCAAAAGAUGCAUUAACUGGAACAAAGUGAUUCCAAACCGGCCUGCCUUAGCAAAGAUUGUCGUUGAAGGCUCAAUAGCAUUCAGUUUUGCUCUCCUGAUUGCAAUCGUCGUGUGGUGUGUCUUGUACUCCAAAUCGGCUUACCUGAAGACGUUUGGCCCUGCUCUCAAGGUCUUCGCCCAGAAGAAUUUCUUCUUGAGACAAAUCCAGAACCAAAAAGAGGCAGCCAGAAUCCAGCUACAGAAAGAGAAGGCAUACGAAGGUUCCGUUGGGAAAGCUGAGACGGUCCAAGAGAGACUCCUUGCACACAUGCAAGAGGAAGGAAAGUUGUCCAGAAAAGGAAAGAAAAAGAAGAAAGGGAAAAGGCAUGCAGUGAAAAAGCAACUGGGUAAGCUUAAGAAGGUUGCACGGAGCAAGGCGAUACAAAAGGGCCUUGGGAAGAUUAAGAAGGCAGCAAAAUCAAAGGCCGUUCAAAAGCAGGUUGGUAAAAUUAAGAAGGUAGCGAAAUCGAAGGCCAUUCAGAAGCCUAUCAGUAAGCUGAAGAAAGCAGUUAAAUCAGAGGCUGUUCGGAAGCACGUUGGGAAGAUUAAGAAAGCAGCCCGACCAGAGGCUGUUCGGAAGCAUGUUGGGAAGAUUAAGAAGGUCAUGAAAUCGAAGGCUAUUCGAAAGCCCAUUGGGAAGAUUAAGAAAGUAGCAAAAUCAGAGGCCGUACAAAAGCACGUUGCGUUAAUUAAGAAGAUAGCAAAGAAAAAGGGCCUCAAGAAGGAGAAGAAGGCUCCUAAGGAAGUUCUCAAGAAGGAGAAGAAAGAUGGGAAGAAGAAACUGGAAGAGAAGACUUCUAAGAAAAAGAAGGGAAGUCAGGUGAAAGACAAGAAAGGAAAAGUAAAGAUUAAGGAAGAAGAGGAAUCUGAUGAGACUGAAUCCUCCUGAAGCCUCCAGAAUGAUGGACUGGAAAAUGAAAGGAAGUGACCAAGCAAAUUGCAUCAUCCCCAAAGACUGAUGGCUAGGAUGGAGAUGACUCUGCAUCUUGCCCAUCCACCUAGCUUGAAAACAAUGGUGGGAUUUCCUCUCUGAGCUCUUCCUCUUCUCCUUUUGGAGAAUGCUGCACUGCCUCCUACUGGUGAGAUUUGAUUCAACAAAAUGAAAUGAACUUCUAACACCGUAUCCAACAGUUGUUUUCUCACUGGAGAGAAAACAAGGGAGGGUCUCUUUCUCAAAGCAAGAGGCAGACCCCUUAAGGAGGCGAGACUGUUGUUAAGGGAGUCACCUUGACACUCACCAGCCUAUUCCUAUGUUUAACGUGGAGAGGGGGAAGAGAAUAACCCACCUUUCAAUAAAAUAUUCUCAAGGCAA